GCAGGAGGAGUGUCAACAUUCCACAACAGCCAGAAGUGCGUUUCCAGGUGUAAUUUGUACAGUUCAACCUGGAUAGCAGGUACUGUCGUUUUCUUCAUAAUACCAGCGACACCUUCACGUCGAGAUCCGCGAUUUCAUCCAGGCUGACAGUGAGUAUUGACAAAAACAAAGAAAUGCCUUUCUGCUGAGUUUGGGACCUCUGGAAAACAACGCCAGCCAUGAGGAGGAACAAGCAAUGGGAUGUGAACAAGGCCAUGCUUCUGUCCAGGCUCUUUCACUUCCUGCACUGUGCUGGAAAGGCAUGUGUCAUCCCCUUUCUCACUCUCUAUCUCAGACAUCUUGGACUGACUGCUUCCCUGACUGGCAUCAUAAUGGGCACUAAGCAUUUCAUUAACCUGGCCUGGGCUCCGCUAAGCGGUUACUUUGCCAAACACUACAAUAAACGAAAGGUAGUAAUACUGAGCUCGCUGCUGUGCUCCAUAGGAGCAGGGCUUCUCCUGUUACUCAUUCCACCGGCAAACAAGGCAGCAAUGAGCAGGUACUGCAAUAUCAGUGCAUUUGCUGGGUUUGGGUUGCCAAAAACUGCAGAGGACACAAUAAACCAAAGCCAGUUAGGAAACACUGCUGUGACUGUACAUGCCUUCACAACCCUUAUAUCCCCUACAGCACUCACUUUAAUGAAUACAAAACACGUUGCAACUGCAGGAGCGGGUCAGACACUUAAUGAUGCAAUAUCAGCCACCGCUGCUGCAAGUAAACAUGAAGUUAAACGAAUCGCUCACCGACAGUUCCAUUGGGAAAAUCACAAGAACGAAGAAGGGGCUAAUCCUGAGAUCCCAGAUAAUUCUGAUUCAAAAAGAUCAGUCAGGCCAAGGUCAAUCAGGUCUUUAAAAACUGGCACCACACAUGGGCAAAAAGCUACAGAUAUCAUUUUGGAGGUCCAGCACCAGCUUUUUUUCCUAGUCCUCAUGGCUGUAGCUCUGUGGGAGGUCCUCGCCGCCCCUUUGGAAUGGACUGUGGAUGAUGGCCUGUACGAGUACCUGGAUUUUGUGGAUGCGACUGACGGUUACAGCCGGCAUUGGAUCUGGGGGUACCUGGGGGCGGCAUGCAGUGCCUGUGGCGUGGGUCUUUUGGUAAGCAACCUGGACUGCUUGCUAAAUGUCCAUAUUCACCGGAGCUCAGUCCAUUUCUAUUGCUACGCUAUUCUGAUUACAUUAACACUUCUCACGGGCACCUUCUUGCCAGUUCAUGUCAACAGGAAACAGGAGCAGACAAACAAAGUUCUUAAAGCUCUGCACCUCAUCAGCAAUGACGGCAGAGCCACGUUGUGUGCGCUUACCGCCUUUGUUGUUGGCGCAGUCGGCUCUACCGUUGAAAAUUACCUCUUCUGGCAAAUGCAGGACAAAGGCAGUAGCGAGUUCUAUAUGGGAGCCUCUAUAGCAAUCAUGCUAUUCGCAGAGAUUCUGCUCUCCUUCUUCAGCAACAAGAUCCUGAAGACUGUUGGCCAGAGUGGGACCGUAGCACUGGGGAUGUUUUGCAUGGCGGUCCAGUGUCUCUACUACUCCUUCCUCUGGUCUCCAUGGUCUGUGUUGCCUAUUCAGUCUUUGAAUGCGUUUAGUAAUGGAGCCCUGUGGUGGGCUCUGAAUGCCCAGUGUGAAGAUGUUUCAACCCCAGGAAUGGAGAGAUCUGUUCAAAGGGUUUUUCAAGCACUCUCGCUCGGCCUCGGCGCUGGAAUUGGCAGCUUGGUGGGCGGCUUCGUUGCCAGCAGGUUCAGCUUGGAGGUGCUUUACAGGGCAGCAGCAGUUGUUUUGGUAAUCUGGUCAGUUGCAUUCCUGACAGUACAGUCCAGGAUUCCCAGGCAAAAGAGGGUUAACUACUCCCAGCUUUUAGCGGCUGACAACAGUGACCUUAGUGAUACGGAGACAGAUCAGGAGAGAGACUGGCUUGUUAAAGCCAUGAAGGACGAAAAAGAGAAUAACAGCUGGUGAAGACUGGAUCAGUAGGGUUUACCUGUGCACUGACAGACAGGGAGCAAAGGGUCAGGGGUUAAAAGCAUUUUGGGAAUCAAUGGGAAAUCUAAAGCUUGCCUUUACAAAUGUGGACCAAAAAAAAUUGUGUCUUGAAGAUCAGAAUGGGGUAAUUAGUGGGUCUGUUAUUGAUAAGUAACACUGUAACAGUAACUAGUAAUCUUGACAAUUGCUUGUUCAAUUAACUAGCUGCAUGCUGUGAUAAUUUGAAGGUUACCGGUAUGUUAUUCAGUAUAGUGGUGAGGCAGAUCGUUAGCAAUGUGUUUCCAUAAUGCCUACAGGGAAGUGUUAUGUAAUUGCAUGUGUAAUGGAAGAACCUUCUGCAAACGGUUAUUACGACAUGCUCAAAGGUUAACAUGGAUUGCAAAAGGUCAAAUGAUACUUUAUUACUGACAGUGGUGCACAGAGACUAGGUCUACCCUCAAAUUACAAGAUGUAUAGCAAAAGCUCUGAUACUACAGAAAGAAAAGACAUAUACAUUUCAAAGAUGUUAAGCACACAAAACACUAUUUCACAGGGAUUUCAAAGACACCUUACAUAUAAUCUGUAUAGGUAUUUCUCUGUUUUAAUAAAGACAAAUCCAAAUUCAAUCACAGUAAUACUGGAGGCACUAAAACACAAGUACUGUAUGCCAAUGAUUUGGUUGUUGUAUGCUGAAGCACAACACUCAUGAGAUAAAGAACUGUGUGUAAAAUUCCAGGUAGUAAGUUGUUCGUGUAAUGCAUAUUGAAAAGCUUGUUACAGGGUGUGGAAACAACUUACAUAGCUGUUUCACCCAUUCCUGGUUUCACUACAAGCUUCAUUAUCCACAGUGUAUAGGUAACAAGCUCAGGUGUGUC